GAGUCCUAUCAUUUAUGUCGUUUUGCGACACCCCCGUGCGACGCUCAGCGGCAGUGAGGCUGUCAUGGCGUCGCCCUUCAGUGGGGUACUACAGCUGACCGACCUGGAUGACUUCAUCGGGCCGUCUCAGAACUGCAUCAAGCCUGUGAAGGUGGAUAAGAAGCCAGGAAGUGGCAUAGCCAAGAUCCACAUCGAAGAUGAUGGAAGUUACCUCCAAGUGAACCCAGAUGGAAGAACCCAGAAGCUGGAGAAGGCCAAGGUUUCCCUGAAUGACUGCCUGGCAUGCAGUGGCUGUGUCACCUCAGCAGAGACAGUACUCAUCACCCAGCAGAGUCAUGAGGAGCUGCAGAAGGUUCUGGAUGCUAAUAAGGUGGCAGCACCCGGUGAGCAGCGGCUGGUGGUCGUUUCCAUCUCGCCCCAGUCCAGAGCGUCGCUGGCUGCCAGGUUUCAGCUGGAUCCCUCAGACACUGCCAGGAAAUUAACUGCAUUCUUCAAAAAAAUAGGGGUACACUUCGUUUUCGAUACCACCUUUGCGAGGAACUUCAGCCUCUUGGAGAGCCAGAGAGAGUUCGUGCAGCGGUUCCGAGGGCAAGCGAACUCCAAAGAGGCCCUGCCCAUGCUAGCUUCUGCUUGCCCAGGCUGGAUCUGCUAUGCUGAGAAGACACAUGGCAACUUUAUCCUCCCCUACAUCAGCACAGCCCGGUCCCCACAGCAGGUGAUGGGCUCCUUGAUCAAGGACUUCUUUGCCCAGCAACAGCAUCUGACUCCAGACAAGAUCUACCAUGUGACAGUGAUGCCCUGCUAUGACAAAAAGCUAGAAGCGUCCAGACCUGACUUCUUCAACCAGGAGUACCAGACCCGCGACGUGGACUGCGUCCUUACUACAGGAGAAGUCUUUAGGCUGCUGGAGGAAGAAGGAGUCUCACUCAUGGAGCUGGAGCCUGUGCCCCUGGAUGGCUUAACCAGUAGUGUGUCUGCUGAGGAGCCCACCAGCCAUCGGGGUGGCGGCUCAGGAGGCUACCUGGAGCAUGUGUUCCGGCACGCGGCCCAAGAGCUCUUUGGAAUCCAUGUGACGGAAGUUACCUACCAACCCAUGAGGAACAAGGACUUCCAGGAGGUGACAUUGAAGAGGGAAGGCCAGGUGCUCUUGCGCUUUGCUGUGGCCUAUGGCUUCCGCAACAUCCAGAACCUUGUGCAGAAACUGAAACGAGGCCGCUGUCCCUACCAUUAUGUGGAAGUCAUGGCCUGCCCUUCAGGCUGCUUGAAUGGAGGGGGCCAGCUCAAGGCUCCAGAUAUGCAAGGCAGGGAGCUCCUCGAGCAAGUGGAAAGACUGUACAGCAUGGUGAGGAAUGAGGCACCCGAAGAUGCCCCUGGGGUCCAGGAGCUGUACCAGCAUUGGCUGCAAGGGGAGGGCUCUGAGCAGGCCAGCCGCUUGCUGCACACGCAAUACCAUGCCGUGGAGAAGACCAACUCAGGCUUCAGCAUCAGGUGGUAGGAGGCCUCAAGAGUCUGAGAGAGCCCCAGGAGCCAACUCCAAGACUCCCAGAGACCAUGUGGGUAUCAGCAACAGAAGACACCAGAGAGCUUCAGAACUCAAGGAGAGCUACAAGGAUGUAUUGGAUUCUGUGCUAAAGUGGGACACUGGCUGCACACGGCUCCUUGAGCACAUGACCUGCGUGCCUCUGGUUGGUAAUGUUGCCUAUGGCCUGUGCACUUCCAAUUCCACACUGAGCUCUGCAGAGUGGGGGUGCAGGCAGGAUUGUGGGGGCCAAGGAGGCUAAAGGUUCAAUGAGUUUCCAGAAUCUCUUCUUCUGGCCCAGGGCCAUGGGCAUAUUCCCUGCCCUGCCCUCUGGCUAUAGUAGCCUGUGUAUGAGAGGUUUCCUUUCUGUGGCUAACCCCUGAAGCUACAGUGUAUAGGGCGGGUGUCAAACCGAAACCUAGUGGGUGUCAAACCUGACUGUUCCCUUGGGCGUUGCUGUCUGGGCAGUCUGUCAGCACCAAGCCUGUGUGGCUGUGAGAACCGUAGUUGAGUCUCACUGAGCUUGGCUCUCACCCAGCCUCACCACUAAUAAACAGGUCUGCGACUCUGGAA